AGGUGGAAUCCGCGGCUCCUUGCUGGCGCGGCUGUCCGCACCCUUGCUGGCACCCCUGCCACCUCGGCUGCACAGCGUGCCCAAACCUCGAGACUUUGUGAGCAGGGAUUGUCCACACUCCUGCUGCAGUCGGUUCCGAUGGCUGGUAAUAAAGGAAGAGGACGUUCUACCUAUACCUUUAAUAUUGAGGCUGUUGGCUUCAGCCGCGGGGAUAAGUUGCCUGAUGUUGUGCUGAAGCCCCCACCGCUGUUCCCUGACACCGAUUACAAGCCAGUGCCCCUGAAAACAGGAGAAGAUGAGGAUUACAUGCUGGCCUUGAAGCAGGAGCUGAGGGAGACAGUGAAGCGAAUGCCUUAUUUUAUUGAGACCCCUGAAGAGAAACAAGAUGAUAUUGAAAGGUAUAGUAAAAGAUAUAUGAAGAUAGACAAAGAAGAAUGGAUACCAGACUGGAGAAGACUUCCAAGAGAGAUAAUGCCAAGGAAAAAGCGCAAAAAAGCGGAUCCGAAAUCCAAAACGGCCAAAGCUGCAGACAGAGGUCCUUCACUCACUAAUUCUGCAGAUGUGUUGAAAAAAAUUGAGGAAUUAGAACAGCGAGGGGACGGUGAGAGAUCGGAUGAAGAAAAUGAAGAGAAGGAAGGGAGCAAAGAGAAAAACAAAGAUGGUGAUGGUGACGACGAUGACGAUGACGCAGAGCAAGAGGAGUACGAUGAAGAGGAACAAGAGGAGGAAAAUGACUACAUUAACUCCUACUUCGAAGAUGGAGAUGAUUUUGGUGCAGACAGUGAUGAUAACAUGGAUGAAGCAACCUACUAGCCAUGGACUUUCUCUCUCUCUUGUUCAUACAGCUUCAAGCGUUUGGAUCAGCCUACUUUAUUUCUGAUAAUCCAUAUUUUCUGUUGUUCAGUGUUUCAUUUGACAAAGUCUUACCAAGCUCUUCAGAAGCACUUUGCGUUUACACACACGAGACCUUACCCCAGCACCUCUGCCACCCCUCUGAGUAUGUAGUGGAGUUGCAGGGUUCUUUGGUCUUUAUUUGGACUUGAACAUGCCUGAAGAGUUUUAGCAUCACUCAGUGUGUUCAUACUUGAAAAAGAUCACUCUUGCUUACCUGCUGGCCUUUGGUAAAGCUGUUACUAGUCACGGUGGAUUUCUAUUGAUACUGCACGUGGAGCACUUUAAAAACAAACUGGAAAAUGAUUUCUCUUACCUGGUAUGUUCUGUAUUUAUCACGUCGUGACUGCAUAGACUCACCUGAGUUCUUAGCAAGUGCAGACUCGGGAUGAGGGCUGGGUGGUAGGAAACACGUCCAAAUAAUGAUGGAGACGAAAUAACUUUCAGUUUACAUCUCAGCCAAAACAGAGGCUUUCACAUGGAUGGAAGGUCGGAAAAUGCUUGGCUUUGGGAUCACUCCAUGCCUUACAGUGUGUGAAUUAAUGAUUCCACUGUAUGAAGUUGGACAUCUUCGGUUUGUUGGGUUUAUGGAAAAAAAUAACUGAGACAUACUGUUUAAUUCUCUGCUUUAUGUAAGUGGAAAUAAGUCUUGGUUGUAUAAACUUCAUGAUAAAAUGAUGUUUGUGAGCAUGUUGAAGGGCGGCGCCCUCGGUUAUAUUCCACAAGAUUCAGAAACUGCAAGUCAAUAAUAGAUCAUGGGAAAUGAACUCAGGUCAUUUUGAAAUUACAAUUGAUUCUUCUUGUUUUAACUUACAGGGUGACUCCCUUGCAGUUUUUUGGGUUUUUUGUGUAGUUUUUUGUUUUUUGUUUUUUUGAGACAGGGUUUCUCUGUGUAACAGUCCUGGCUGUCCUUGAACUCACUUUGUAGACCAGGCUGGCCUCGAACUCACGGAGAUAGAUCCACCUCCGAGUGCUGGGAUUAAAGGCGUGUGCCACCACCGCCCAACUCCCCUGCAGUUUUAUAUUUUGCAGGAGAAAAUAUCCAGAACCCUUCAACCUCUAAGGAUUUUUAACAUGCCAAAGAUUUAAGGAAAUGCAUAUUAUACAUUUCAAAACUAAUAUAUUUAAAAUUAUCUGCUUAAAGGGGAAGAACCUGUUCUCCCCUUUGGGGAGACUUGUCCCUUCCUACCUUCUGACCCGGAAACUGGAGCCCUGCUUUUUCUCUCAGGAUCCAGAUAACCUUGAAAUUGAGCUUGAGUUUGUGUGCCUUAGUUUCUCCACUUGUAAAGUUUCCUAUAAAAAUUCUUUAAACACUAACCAGAAUUUACAAAUAUGCCAUCUUUUACCUUACAGAAACAAUCAUGUCUUAAAUCUGAUUUUUGUCCUGUAGACAACUGUACUGUGGACUGUUAAGUUAUAAUUCGAUUUUCCGAUCUUGUAUCUGUGUUAGAAACUUUAGUUAAUUUGUAUGGUCUGGAGAGAUUCCAACAUUCCUUUCUCAGGAGAAGGACUACCUUCAAUGGCAAUACUUCUUCAAAUACUUCCAGAUGGAUGUGAUGGCCCAUGUCUUGUCUGCAUAGUGCUGUGCUGAACACAUGUGACUUACAUCGGUUCCCAGGAGCUUAUAAAAAAUGUUUUGCAGUUCUAAGUGGAAACAUGAAAGGUCUUUAAAACUCCAAUGUGUUGGGAAACUUGCAUGAAGUUUUUAGUAGUGAUGGCAAAUGCUGUAUUUGGGAAUAACAGGUACUUUAUUCCCUUACACUGGGUACCGGAGCCAAACAUGUAGUUCACAGAUGCUCUGUUUGAUAGUUGUUUCCUUCCUUCAUGACACAUCUGCAGAUAACUGUUCAAAUCAGGGAGAUGCAUUGACAGUAGCUCCUCCCUAGUGUCCGGCUCGUCGUCACAGCUGUCUGUGUUCCUGCCGAGGGGCACCUGGCAUCUCCUUCGAGGAUGUCCAUCUCCCUUUGAAAGAUCAGUUUACAACUUUAAACAUACUAAUUUCAGGUUGCUUGACUAGCAUAAAUGGUUUUCUUGGCUUAAGCUCUGAGACUGAAAUUAAUUUAUAGAGAUAACUUCUUAAUAGUUAAAGUACUUCAUAGGACUGGACUGGUUGGUUAAAAUAUCUUUAACAUUAUCUUAAUAAAACUAGUUGCUACAAUGCUGAUUUUUCUGUAUCUGUUUACACAUAUAAAGUUUAAAAAAAUAAAAUUUUGGCCUUAA